GACCGAAGUGUCUAAAAAUGCGACUUUUAUUUCAUGACCGGGUAAUACCCGAGUUAUUCAUAUUGCUGAUUUGUUUUGUAUUAAGCAAAGGAGAAAGGCACGUUCACAAGAAGGACGAUAUUUCAAAGGAAAGCAAGUCAACAUUUAUCACCAUCAGAAUUCCUGCAAAUGUGGCAACACAUAAUCAAGAUUGUAUGUAUGAAGGAGUGGUCCGCCAUCACGGCGAUGCCUGGUCUCCAGGACCCUGUAUUCCCGAAUGUCGAUGUAAGCACGGGCACGUGAAAUGCUCCAAACUAGAAUGCCCGGAUUUGAAUUGCGAUAAGCCUAUCAAGAGGAAGUGGAAAUGCUGCCCAGAGUGUUUACCGGGAAUGGAAAACGGAACCUCAUGCGGCGUAAGGACCAAGGACGGAAACGCUUAUGGCGGUUGCUGUGUGUUUCCUUUUAAAUACAAUGGCGUGAUGCACUAUACGUGCACCUAUCUGGACCACAAUAUGCCAUGGUGUUCAAUCACAAUGAAUUAUGACCGGGAUGGAGUCUGGGGAGAAUGUAUAGAUAACGGUGAUUCAGAAAAGACAUUAAGAUUCAAACAUCACAGAGGGAAAGCAAAGCACAAAAUUCAUCACCAAGACAACACAGAGGCUCUGGUGUCCAACAUAGCAAACAAAGUGGCAAACGGUCUUGCGAACGAAACGGCCCAGCCGACAACAAACAUUACCAGCCUCAUUCCAACAGCACCGGAGCCAAGUGUGCAGUAUGGUAACGCUACAGAACUGUUACCGGCACCUACAGCAUCAGCGACAACACCAAACGCUGCUUCCAGUGUCCAGCCUUCAGCAACCGAAGUCGUACCAGUUGCAUCGUCACCAUCAUCAAACGCUAGUGCAGGUGUCAGUUCCCAAGCUGUUCAACCAUCACCCGCAACGUCACCUCAACCACAAGCAACCAGUUCAGGAGGAAUUCCCUAUGCCAAUGCAACGGGAUUAGUCCCUGCAGCAACUUCAAUACCAUCUCCGUCUCCGAGUGCUGGAGUCCCUGUGGUGCCUAUUGCUUCUGUUGUUCCAUCAGCCAGCGGUCAGACUACCCCAAUGUUAGAGACGUCAGUAGCUGUAGCACCAACUUCUCAGCCGACAGCUACCCAGCCAGCUCCUCAGCCAGGACAGUCUGUAGUGUCAGGACAAGGAGCUGUACCGACUCCAUCCCUUGUAGCAACAGUCACCGGUGGCACCAUACCCUUAUCACCUGCACCGGUACCACUGGUAACCCAGGAACUGGUACCACAGCCAACCCAACAACCGGCUCCACAGCCGACCCAGCAACCGGCUCCAGAGCCGGCCCCUGCACCAAGUCCACCAGCUGUGGAAGGCGGAAUUCCCGGGUACCCUUUUCCGAUAUCUCAGACAACUCUUAACCCAGGGCAGACUCAGGCUCCAGGUCCGCAACCCGGUCAAGCUGUUCAUGAACUGACGACAACAGAGAUGAAUGUCAACCACAAUAUUACUACUACAGAGUACUGGUUUGGCAAGGCUAACGAGACUCUAAAUAGAACCAAUGGUAAUGUAAAAAUAAUAAAUAAUAAAUUACAACAUUAG